CCUCAGGGCUCUGCCGUCCCGGGCAGCCGCUCCGGGAGCUCCGUGCCCGGCUAUGGAGCUGUGGCAGGUGCCGCUGAGCUUCUCCCGCCUCCGCAUGUUCCCUUUCUUCGACCUGGCGCAUUAUGUCGCCUCCGUCCUGGCGCUGAAGGAGCAGCGGGGAGUUGUGGAAGUGUCGGUCCGAAGUCCCUUGGCCUGCUGGUUUAGUGCAAUGCUUUAUUGCUUUGGGGGCUCAGUCUUGUCCUCCUUGAUGCUUGGUGAACCUCCAGUAGCAUUUCUGGCAAAGACCAUAAAUAUUCUACUGGCAUCCUCAGUCUGGUAUCUGGUGUUUUACUGCCCAGAAGACAUAUUCUGCCGCUGCUUUUCCUUUCUGCCUCUUCGUCUUCUGGUGGCAGGGAUGAAAGAAGUGACAAGGACUUGGAAGAUCACAGAUGGCAUUGCACAUGCAGACACCGUCUACAAAGAUGCCUGUCUCAUCAUGGUGGCUGUGGGCUGGGCCAGAGGUGCUGGUGGUGGCUUAAUUUCCAACUUUGAGCAGCUGGUGAGAGGAGUGUGGAAACCUGAAACCAAUGAGCUCCUGCAGAUGUCCUACCCUGUGAAGGUAACUUUGAUAGGAGCAGUUCUUUUCACCCUGCAACGCAGACAGUACUUGCCAAUAGCAAAACACAACCUUGUGUUUUUAUACACCAUCUUUCUUGUUGUCUUCAAGGUAAAAAUGAUGUUGACGAGAUGUGCAACUUCUCCAUUUGCUCCCAUUGAGGCUGCAGUGUGCCAAAUGUUUUUUGGCUCAGGAAAGGCACCUUCCAAAGUGAAGGGUGAAAGUGCCACAUCUUCCAAUGGCUCUUCAGUCUGUGACCAGCCUUCUGAGCAGCACCAUGAGGGUGCUAAGAAAAAACAAGCAAAGAAAACAGAAUAAGUGACUUGAAAUCCUUGUGAUGGUCGUGAAGAUGUGUGUCUUCCAGAUUAGGCUGGCUGAGAAGUUUCCGCUAAGGAGAGGAGAACAGGGCUGUGUUGUGGUUUGCCUUUUUGGGAUGUUUUGUGUAAGCUAUGUGUAAAUGCACAUGUUGGAUUUGUGAGUUAAAACUAUGAAUUUUUAUAGUGGUUAAAAGUUUACUAAUUUUUGUACUUACGACAACUUCAAAUGCUUAUAUGUUAAAAAGAUAGUUUCAAAAAUGUGACAAUCAUAUUUUUUUUUCCUACUGUAUCACUUGUUUCACAUCUUCCUAUCUCCCAGUUCUUAUGUGUCAUUUUGAUAACACUGAUUUGUAUUGUCAGGUGUUCACUGUAGCACGUCCCAAAUAAGAAAGUCAUUAAGUAAGGCUUUAUCACAUUGCACUGUGUAAAAUCAUAAAAAUGUACCAAUUUAAUGCCUUUAACUAGGAAAGUAACUGAACUAUUGUUGUAAUUCACAUUGCAUUGGUCUAGAUUUUCUUCAUUUCUUAAAGUAAAUAUUUUAAAAUAUUUUUAAAUGUUUUAAAAUGAGAGUAUAUUAUCUCAUUAUAAAUAUUAUCAGGCACUUUGAAAAAUCUUAGUUAGCAAGUAGAAACACAUCAAUAUUUUUGUGGUUGGCUUACUUGGACUCUUAUUUGCAAGCAUUUGAGAUGUAGAUGUAUUUUGCCACAUUAGUGUUUUACAAGUGGUUUGUAGUUACCUUCUGGUUCAUUUGGGUCUAGACAUUCUUUGCCUGAUUUCUUUUCCAAGCAUAUGCACUUAUUUCUUUUCAAAGACAAACUUCAUUAGGAAGAAUACUAGACAGUACAUUUACCUUGUUUAGUCAGCAGUCUGAGCUGCAGCACAGGGAUGGGAGCAGAAUGUUACCCCCGUAAUCCCCAAGGGAAUGGUCAGUGAGCUGCUAGAUCACCUGGACACUCCCCAGCGGUGGGAUGGGAUCCACCCAGGGGUGCUGAGAGCUCGCUGGGCCACUUCCAAUCAUUUACCAGCACUCCAGGCAAACUGGGGAGGUCCCAGUUCACUGGAGGUUGGCAAAUGUGACAUGCGUCUGCAGGAAUGGUCAGAAGGAGGAUCCAGGGAAUUACAGGCCUGUCACAUCCCUCAGUGCCAGGGAGGCCAUGGAGCAGGUCACCUUGAGUGCCAUCAGGAACAGGGACAGGACAACCAGGGCAUCAGGCUUGGCCAGCCUGGGUUUAGGAGAGGCAGGUCCUGCCUGACCAGCCUGAGCUCCUCCUGUGCCAAGGUGAGCUGUGAUGUGUCUGCCUGGGCUUCACAGAGCCUUUGACAGCUUCUCCCACAGCAUCUCCUGGAGGAACUGGCUGCUCAUGGACAGGGCCCUGUGCCCUGGGGAGGAGCGGGCUGAGGGCAGGGCUGGGAGCGCUGGGACAUGGAGGGACGCCCAGCUGGGCUGGCACCAGGGAGGCUCCCAUGGGAUCAGGGCUGGGCCAGGCCUGUUUGACAUCCUCACCAAAGCUCUGCAUGGGGGGAUUGAGGGCCCCUCAGGCAGUUCCUGACGGCACCUGGUGGUGCUGGGUGGGAUGUGGAUGUGCUGGAGGGCAGGAGGGCUCUGCAGCGGGCUCUGGCCAGGCUGGAUCCAUGGGCUGAGGGACAGCCAGGGGAAGUGCUGGGUCCUGCCCUUGGCUCACAACAACCCCAUGGAGCUCCAGCAUGGGGGAAAGGGGCUGGAAAAGGCCCUGGGGGUGCUGUGCCAGCAGCCGGACACAGCCCAGGGGUGCCCAGGGGGCCGAGAGGCCGAUGGCCCCUGGGCUGUGCCAGCCCUGGGGCGGCAGCAGGAGCGGGGCAGGGCCCGUCCCUGUGCCGGCCCUGCUGAGGCCACACCUCGAGGGCUGGGUCCCCUCUGGGCCCUCACGCAGGGAAUGGAGGGGCUGCAGCGUGGGCAGGGAAGGGAACGGAGCUGGGAAGGGAAUGGAGCCCCAGGAGAGGCUGAGGGAGCCGGGCAGGGGCUCAGCCUGGAGCAAAGGAGGCUCAGGGGGCCCUUGUGGCGCUGCACGGCUCCUGCCAGGAGGGCACAGCCGGGGGGGUCGGGCUGUGCUCCCAGGGAACAGGGACAGGAGCAGAGGGAACGGCCUCAGACUCGGCCAGGGGGGGUAAUUUGGAUAUUAGGAAGAAUUUUUUCACAGAAAAGGUGAAAAGCAUUGGAACAGGCUGUCCAGGGGGGUGAUGGAGUAAACAUCCAUGGAGUGAUUUUAAAGGGUGUGUAGACAUUGCACAUGGGGAUAUGGUUUAGUGUUCGCCUUAGCCAUGCUGAGUUAAUGCUUGACUUGAUCUUAAAGGUCUGUUCCAACCUAAACCACUCUUUAAUGUCAGAAGCACUGAAAGUUUUUAUUAGCAUUUGCUGAAAUCUUGAUGCUUUCUUGCUUGUUGCAUCCUUUUUUUUACUCAAGAUGUGAAGCAGUUCUAAGUGGCGUACACUUCAUAACUGAGAACUUUGGCAUUUUAGAGAUGUUACAAUACAUAAGAAUAGAAUCUUUUCAGGGGGAUCUUUUCAUUGAUGUGCCAAUUUUUAGAAUAAACCAUUUUUACAAAAUUAGACUAUUUUCUUCAGAGAGUACCGCUUUGAAGAGCAUUGUUCAGCAAAGAGGGGUUAGGUUAAUCUUUGUGCAGAAUGCCAAAGAGAAUGUGGAGGGAGAUCUGAUUUGAAAAGACAAAGUUCUAGUUCCAGGUACAUCUCUAAAUUUAGAAAAGCUGUCACCAAUGCUGUGCUUAGAGAAAAGAAAAAUAAAAGUACCAAAGAAAUUUCUUGUGCCUGAGUAGUCACAUUUCCAUGGAGAUGACCAAAAGCAUUGAACUCACUUUGAAAUCCAACUUCAUUUCAAAUGCGCUGUACCUAGAAAGCUAAAAUUACUAUUUUCUUUAACACUUAAGAAGAAUUACAACAAAAUACCCCAAACUCUUUGGGCAAGGUAGCAGUCAUAUUCCUUACAUAUUACACUGAAACUUAGUGUUCAAUUACAAAUGCUUGGAGUAUUCACUUGGUGUCUCAUUUUUUUGUGGCUUGAUGUCACGGAUUAAUGUGAAGCUGCCAAUUGACUAGUUAAUAAUCAGCUAGUUAUCAAGCAACACCAGCACAUGCUGCCUGUCCAUGAUUUUUUAAAGUUUUGUAUGUUUUUUGAAUAAUUGUGUAUUCUAGAUCACAUGAACUAUACAGAAUGGGAUUGUGGCAUGGAACCGUGUUACACAUGUGUGAAAUUCUGCCUGAAAACUGGCUAUUCCUAGCCCAAGUCAAUGUGAAAAUAUGCUUAGACUAAGUCUUUCACAAGUUUACAAUUAGAGGGGAAGAUGUACUGUUUUCUAUUUGUUUUCAGAAUUAAAGACAACAAUAUUAAAAUUUUUUAAAAUUUUCUUGUCUGAACACUUUAAAAAUAAUACACAACACACAAAAAUGUAUAUUGUUUUGAGGCAGAACACAAGUUAUGCUGACAGAAAUCCUGUUUUAAGCAUCAUGAAAACAAAACUUUGUGUUUAAAGGUAUCAUGUGUUUCUGAAGGAUAGGUGCUGAAAAAAGCUGCAUGCAAAUAUUCUGAGAACUACAUUUUAUGACACAGAAAAAGAUCGCCAGUUGCUCAGGGUUUAACCUGAAUUCUGUAGGAGACAUUAAUACAGUGUGUCCAGGAUGUCUUAAAUAAACAAUUCCCGGUUUUCAUGCUGCUAGUUUUCUAUCUCUGGUAAACUUUUCUGUGUGAGAAUUUUGUUAACAAUUUCUUAAAACUGUUCUGGUAAAGCUUGUCUGAUUCAGCACAGCUGCACACAUGAGCUACUUGGCUGUAUCCAAUUUUGUGAUUAACCUGGUAAAAUUAGAAGAAGCUGCCUUGUGCCUAUAUAAAGUCAUUCAGAAAUUGCUUUAUCAGUUCCAUUCUUGGGCUAGAAGGGCAUAUUCCUGUUAAACCAGUUGCUGUUCUGAGUAAUUUCUACUAAAUACACCCAGCUUCUGUAAAAAGGAAUACCUUAAAAUUUGCUUCAGAAACAGAAGUGUCUUUAGACAAUAAAUGCUAUUUGCUUUCCUCUUC